UAUCGCUGAGUAAACACGCGCAGUUCGCUUGAGACCGGACCACUUUUUUCGUACCAGCGUAAACCAGAGGUUGCAAACAUGUUUACAAGUCAGUGUGCAACUUGCAAAGAUACAGUUGGCCAUGGACCUCAGUGUUCGGUAUGUAAGGGAAACUAUCAUUUCAACUGCGCUGGCAUAUCGGAACGAGGUUUUAGCAGGCUGGGAAGCGGAAGAGAUUCGUGGAUUUGUCCAGCAUGUCGGGAUACCAACGGCUCACAGUUACAGGACAUUAGUCCUUCUCCGUCUGCAAGUAGCACCCCAUUGGCUUCACAAAGGCUAUCAUCUGGGCUUCCAAUCGACCGAGCAAGUUCUCCGCGUCCGGUGAGCCCAGGCCAACAAUCUCAGGACUCAAUACUACAAGACAUCUUGGCUAAGGUCACCAGCCUGGAAAAGCGGUUCAUCGCAUUCCAAACAAUGGAGUCCGACGUCAAACAACUUAAGGAGGACAUUUCUGAUCUCAAAUCAAGUAUAAACACUAAUAUUGACGGCAUGUCUCAACGAGUAUCGCAAAUUGAGGACCGCUUGGUACCCCUCGAAAAGGUAAAGUCGGAGAUGGAGGAACUUGAGACCGUGAUAAGAGACCUAGUUGAGAGUAAUAGCAGAAAUGAUCAAUGGGUGAGACGUUCAAAUAUUCAGCUGAAUGGAAUUCCAUACAAAAAUGGUGAGAAUUUAAUAUCAACAGUGAAGCGUCUCGCUCAGCUAUGCGAUUUCCCCUUAAACGUCGACACCGAUAUUGACUUUGUUACUCGAGUUGCGUUGAAGAACGAUGUUGAUAACAAAAGCAAAACUAAACCCGUCAUUUUGAAACUGCAAUCGCGAUACAAAAAAGACGACUUUUUAGCGGCUCUUCGGAAGCUCAAGAGUAUCAGGGCGAGUGAUUUGGGCUUUAGCGGAUCGGAAAGUCGGGUCUUCGCUAAUGAUCAUCUCUCCGCAAAGAAUAAGUACUUACUUCAACAAGCAAAAAUGAAGGCGAAAGAAAAGAACUACUUGUACUGCUGGGUUCGCAACUGCACAGUCAUGGUGCGACGAAAUGAAAAGUCUCCUGUCAUACACAUCACGUCGGACAAUGAUUUAAAAAAGAUAACAUAAGGGAAAUUUGUAUGUAUAGUACGUGUCUUAUUGUAACAUGUAUGUUAUUCUUGAAUUUUCUGUGUGUCUGGUUUGCGGCGAAUAUUCAUAGUGACAGUAUUUUUAUUUUUAUAAAUCGCUAUUAUUACCAAAGGUUGGCAUCCCCUUGCCUUCCGGGCGCGCUAUUGUAUAGUUGCCACUACCGCAAAAAUGUUCGAUCGGACAUCGUAUCGCUGGUAAAAAUAUACAUUGAGCGUUUUGUGGGUGAGCGCUGCUUGCCGAGUUUGCCACAAGAGGAAAUGGACGUCUUGCAUUAUAAUAUAAUAAUUUUAUGGCUUAAUGUGGAGUUGGCUGCUUGUGUUUGUUCUCGUCUCUUGAGUAAAAAUUUUGCGGUUUACCUUCUUAAAUUCAAUAAUAUUUUAGAGUACGGAAUUAUUAUGGCUUAUCAUGAGAAAUCGGUAGCAUCUUUUGCUUAUUUUUCUUGUGCAUUUAAACAAUAUUGCAUCGGCGUGUAUAGUGAUUUGGGUUUCAUAAUUCAUUACGUCAGUUAUUUAGUUGUAGUUGGUAAUUGUUGUCACUGCAAAAUAAAAAUUAGUAACAUUU